UUUGUUGACACGAGCAGGGUGGUUAGUUGCGGUGCAGACCUCACUUUAUUGCAAAUAUGAAACUGAGAGUUUUUGUAUCAGUUAUUGCUUUUUUUGCAAUUAAUAAUAUUACUAGAAGUUUUGCUUACAAGUAUAAUACCAAGUACUUUGAUCAAACUAUCGACCAUUUCAACUUUGCCUCCUAUGGAAGUCAGACAUUUAAGCAGAAAUAUCUGUAUAAUGAUUCAUAUUGGGAUAAAGAAAAUGGCCCAAUAUACUUCUACACUGGCAAUGAGGGACCCAUUGAGGGGUUUUUGCAGAAUUCAGGACUAGUAUAUGAUCUUGCGGUCAAGUCAAAGGCUCUCAUCGUUUUUGCAGAACAUAGAUUCUAUGGCUCAUCUUUGCCAUUUGGAGCUCAUUCAUUUAGUCCAGCGAACAUCAGUUUGUUAACACUGGAGCAAGCAAUGGCUGAUUAUGCUACAUUGAUAACACAUUUGAAAGAAAAUUUAGGGGUCCAUAAUACUCCUGUUAUAGCAUUUGGAGGAAGUUACGGUGGAAUGCUAAGUGCUUACAUGCGAUUCAAGUACCCUAAUGUUAUCUAUGGAGCUUUAGCUGCAAGUGCUCCAAUCUAUCUCAUUGCCGGCAAAGGGGAUCGAACUGAGUUCUUUGCAGAUGUCACAAAGGACUUUGAAAAAGCUGAUCCAUUGUGCCCCAAAGCAGUCAUGACAGCGUUUACUAUGUUGGACAAUCUAGUGAAGACAGGUGACAACGGCAUAAAGAAAGUUUCUGAAUUAUUCAAGUUGUGUAAGACACUUGAUAAGGGGCAGGUAACUCAUCUUCAAGGCUGGGUACGCAACUCAUUUACGAGCCUAGCAAUGAUGGACUACCCAUACCCUACAGACUUUCUAGCCCCACUCCCAGGCUCUCCAGUCAAUUAUGCCUGCAAAGUUAUUUUAAGUGCCAAUGACCCUCUGCAAGGACUUGCUGAAGCCGCAGGUCUUUUUUAUAAUGGAACUGGAGGUAGCCUGAAGUGUUUUGAUAUAAUUACCGAGUUUAUUGAAUGUGCUGAUCCUACAGGCUGCGGUACUGGCAAUGAUGGCCUAGCUUGGGAUUAUCAGGCCUGCACUGAACUUAUACUUCCAGAAGGAUCAAAUGGAAAGACGGACAUGUUUCCAUCUCUACCCUUUACACUCAAGAUGAGGGAUGAAUAUUGUCAAAAAACCUGGAAAGUAACACCCAGAAACAAUUGGCUUGACAUUAGUGUUUGGGGUGAAGAUAUCAGCACAUCUAGUAAUAUAAUAUUUUCAAAUGGUGAACUUGAUCCGUGGAGAGGUGGUGGGGUUCUGUCUAAUGUGUCCGACUCGCUUAUAGCAGUGCUCGUUGAGGGCGGUGCACAUCAUUAUGACAUGAGGGGUUCUGAUACACGUGACAUACCCUCGGUUAUUGCCAUCAGGAAGCAAGAAGCUACUAUUAUCAACAAGUGGGUUGCAGAAGCCAAACUAUCAAAUAAACAAAGAAAAAUAUCUACAUAAUAUCUGAAUUGAAUCAUCAUUGUCCAUGAAUUGAGAAUAAUUUUUUAAUUAUUAAACUGUUGUUUUUAGAUUAAAAAAAUGAUUAGGUGGCAGAGGAAAAGGUCAGGGUGUUAUUCUGAUAUAUAGCACCUGGGUUUGCCUGUGGCAUAACGAGUCAAGAUUCUCAUGACAAUCAAAGACCUUCCUAUCAAGUUUUAUAACAAGCCCCUUCCCCCAAAAAAUUAUUUAAAAAUUAAAAAUUAGAAAAGAAAAUUACAUUCAAAGUUCUUGAGAGUGCCAUUUCAGGCCAUCUAUUCCCCCAAUUCCGCAAUCUUUUUAGUCCACAGCUAAAAUUAAAUGUCAAGCACUCAGAUGCGACUCAUGGUAAAACAGAGGUUUAGCCAGAAAAAAGAAAUAGGCCAUCCACAAUGGAAGACAAAGAACUUGUCGCGUAGGUCAAGCAGUCAUGGUAAAUGUGGACAUAAUAAAUGAUGGCACGCUGCCUAUUUGAUUAUUUAUUUAUUUUGUAUAAAACACUCAAAAUGCAACAAAGAUUGAACAUUUCUUGAGUUUACAUAUAGAAAUAAGCCUACCAAACAGAAAACAGACACAAAAGAAGCAUAAUACUGUACAAUACAAUCAAAAGUGUAAGCCUACAGUAAAUAAUUAGAAAAUAACUAAUCUAUAAAAGCGGUAUUUACAAUUUUAUAAAAAGAUAUUAAAUUUUAUAGUAUCAAAUAUAUAUUAUUAUUUUAUAUACUAUACAGCAAAUUGAUUAUUAAUGGAUAUAUAAUGCAAAAUCAUACAAAAUAUACAAUUCAUUAAAAUUAUUGAAUAUUUUCCUUAUCAAUUUAUUAAAACCAAAAUAUAUAUACAUAUAUAUAUAUAUAUAUCUGAGGUGGCACACUGUACUAGUUGGAGCUACGUAACCUCCUUUCAGGUUUGGGGUUCUCUGGAAUCCAAGAUACAAAACAUUCUGAUGUCACCAGACUCUUGCAAAAUUUCGAAAGUAGAUUUAGAUCGUCGUUCUUGUAAUGAUGUUAGAGUAAGUGUAUCCAAGGCAUCCUGGUAACUACUGUAGUUUUUAUAGCCAAGAAUGAUCUUGAGUGCCCUUUUCUGGAUGAAUUCCACCUGCACACACUGCUUCUUCGUUAAAGCAGAAUGCCACAGCGGACUAGCGUACUCCAGCAGGGGCGGAUCUAGGAUGAAAUUUAGGGGGGGGCCUUACUCGGGGCGAAGCACCAAGCCGAGUUGCGAAGCACCGAAGUGGGUGGAUGUGGGAGGGGGUAUCCCCGCUCCCAAUAUUAGGAAAUUUUUUUUUUUAAAUUAACACUAAGACAGUCGUACACAGCUUUCUAAUCUAAAGAAUUAGAUUGUGUUGCUAUUGUUAUGGAGUCGUGAAAAAUAUAUUCGAUAAUUCGUACACACGUUUUCUGCCGAAUGACUCUGACUGUUGUAAGUGCGAUAUAUUAUUAUUUAUUAUUAUGUUGGAUAUUAUGUUGGCAUUAAUUGAUUAUAUACUCAUAAAUAAAAUUUGCAAAUACCGAUGUACGGUAACUAUACCAAAA